AGAAAUCAUGCCUAUAUACAGCUAAGUUUGGCUUCAUUAGUUUUGCAUUGCCACCAGAUAGCAAAACAUGUCUAUACGAAAAAGUUUACUCCUGACCUGACGACAAAUAAAAAGACUAUCUCCACAACUUGUGGCUUUAAUAACCGCACUAACUGUAGAGUCUGUACUCUGUAGAGCAUUAGAGCUUAUAUAAGUAGUGAGAAAUAAAGACGUUUUUAGGAACCAAAAAUAAAACAUAUUCCCAACCAAAAAAAAUGGCGACGGUGAUCAACAAGCAAGUCUUAUUACGUGAUUACGUUACCGGUUUCGCAAACGAAUCCGACCUUGUAAUCACAUCCACCAACGUCGAUCUUAGGGUGCCGAAGGGAUCUAUGACGGCUUUGGUGAAGAAUCUCUACUUGUCUUGCGAUCCUUACAUGAGAAAUCGUAUGAGAAAGCCUGAUCCUUUGAGCCCUGCUACAGCUCAGUCCUUCACUCCCGGCAUGCCUAUCUCAGGACUUGGAGUGUCUAAAGUGAUAGAUUCAGGGCACCCUGAUUACAGAGAAGGUGACUUACUCUGGGGAGCAGUUGGAUGGGAAGAGUACAGUGUUAUUACCCCAAUUCCUAAUCUUCACUUCAAGAUCCAUCAUACCAAUUUUCCCUUAUCUUACUACACCGGACUUCUUGGUAUGCCUGGUAUGACUGCAUAUGUUGGUUUUUAUGAGAUCUGUGCUCCUAAGAAAGGAGAGACCGUGUUUGUGUCAGCUGCAUCUGGUGCGGUUGGUCAGCUUGUUGGACAAUUUGCUAAGAUGAUGGGUUGUUAUGUUGUUGGAAGUGCCGGUAGCAAAGAAAAGGUUGAUCUCCUCAAGAACAAGUUCGGAUUCGAUGAUGCAUUCAACUACAAGGAAGAGCAUAAUCUAGUUGCUGCCUUAAAGAGGUGUUUCCCUCAAGGCAUUGACAUAUACUUUGAGAACGUUGGAGGCAAAAUGCUGGACGCAGUGAUCCUAAACAUGAGACCACACGGACGUAUAGCUGCAUGUGGGAUGAUCUCGCAGUACAAUCUACAGAAUCCGGAAGGCGUAUAUGGCCUCUCGCUCAUCACAUACAAACGAAUCCGUAUUGAAGGGUUUAACUGUUUUGAUUACUUCCACAAGUACUCAGAAUUCUUGGAGUUUGUGGUUCCGUAUGUAAGAGAAGGGAAGAUAACGUAUGUGGAAGAUGUUGCUGAAGGGUUAGAGAGUGCUCCUGCUGCUCUCGUUGGACUCUUUCACGGUAAGAACGUUGGGAAACAACUUGUCGUGGUUUCUCGUGAUCUUGAAUGAGAAAAAUGAGAGUUUGUUCCGUUACUGAUGGUGUCAACUGUUGUGUCCAAAGCCUGGAUUAGUCUUUUGAAGUAUAUGUAUUAGUGAAGUGUUUACAAAGGACAUUAGUGGUGGUGUGGCCUUUUAGUUCAUCGUGUUCAUUUCUUCUGCAUCAAGAGAUCAUGGUUUGAAACUUCGAAUUGUCAUUAUGUAAUAAUGUUGGCCAAAUUAUGAAAUAAAUACACUUGUGUUAUAUGGUUUUUGUUACGGAAUGAACAACUCAUUCAGACGUGAAGUGGUUAACGUGAUGAU